UCUGCUUCCAGUAAAAGUGACUCCAGUGAUUCUUUUGCUUGUCUCCUCGCUGAUGUUGGCCGUGCAUCAUCAUCAUUUCGAUCCUGCCGCUGGCCGCUGCUCGUUUGAAAUGGGUCCUCCCACCUCUCUUUCGCCAGUGAUCUCAUCCUUGUCCAGGAAAGAGUAAUGUGCAAGCUUGUUUGUCUCUACAUGUCUGGCUCUUGCUGCCGCUGCUGCUGUGUCCGAAGCUAUCAGUCUUUCUGUCGAAGCUUCUCCCUCGGUCUCGUAGCUCGAGCAAAGUUAGCCUUUCGAGAAAAUCGCCAGGCCUCUCUAGCUUGUAGAUCUCGCUUCCAGUCAAUUCUUCAGCCUCCAGUAGGUGUGUAGAAGUUUUCGUGUCGGCCAUGUCAUGCCGGAGAGGAUUGUCACUCGUUCUACUCCUGUUCUUGAUCCAUCUCGCGUCGGCUUUGGAAACCGGAGCGAUCAACGCCACCGGAACAGCUCACAGGAGGAGGCUGUCCCGGAGACAGGUGCUGGAGCUCCGGAAGAAGCUCAACAACAUCAACAAGCCUGCGGUGCACACCAUCCGGAGUCCAGACGGGGACAUAAUAGACUGCGUUCUCAUCAGCAACCAACCGGCAUUCGAUCACCCGCUGCUCAAAGAUCACAAACUCCAGAGCAAACCAGACUUCUGGCCAGACCAGGAGGAUGGAGCAGCUUCAACCGAAUCCAGCCCAGGCGACGACAAAGUCUCGUACCAAUUGUGGCACCAAAGCGGAGAGUGCCCCGAAGGAACCGUCCCCAUCCGAAGAACAACUAUAGAUGACAUACUCCGCGUCGGUGGUUCUGUCAGCCGCUACGGUCGCAAAGCAAGGCCACCCCCCAAUCCUAGAAGAAUAAGACCACCCGAGCCUGCUCAAGGCAGCCAUGAGCAUGCUAUCGCGUUCAUCAACGGAGGCCAGUAUUACGGUGCUCAAGCGUCCCUCAACGUAUGGAAACCAGCCAUCCAAGUCCCGAACGAGUUCAGCCUCUCCCAAAUGUGGUUGCUUGCUGGUUCCUUCUAUGGCGAUCUCAACAGCAUCGAAGCCGGCUGGCAAGUGAGUCCACUGCUUUACGGCGACAGCAACCCCCGGUUGUUCACAUACUGGACGAGCGAUGCAUAUCGAACCACUGGCUGCUACAACCUGCUGUGCUCAGGCUUCAUACAACUCGGGAGGAGUAUUGCCAUUGGUGCUACAAUAUCCCCCUUGUCACUGCUCAAUGGUGCUCAAUACGACAUCCGGAUCCUCAUCUGGAAGGAUCCCAGAACCAAAAACUGGUGGAUGAGAUUCGGACCAGGUAUUUUACUAGGAUACUGGCCAGCGGAGCUCUUCACUCAUCUCGGCGAUCAUGCGUCCAUGAUCGAGUGGGGAGGGGAGAUAGUUAAUACAGCACCUCGAGGCCACCACACGGCUACUCAGAUGGGAAGCGGACACUUUCCGUCACAGGGAUUCGGGCAGGCUAGCUAUUUCAGGAAUCUGGGAUAUGUAGACGGCACAAACAAACUGAAAACGCAGGUUAUGCUCCAGACUCUAGCAGAACAUCCCAAUUGCUACGAUAUCCUUAGAGCAACUAGCGGGGACUGGGGGAACUACUUCUACUACGGAGGACCCGGUCAGAAUCCUCGUUGUCAACAGUAAAUACGCUCGACUGGCACUCACAGAUACAAUGACUUUGGCAUACACUGCUGGAUGCUAACAACUGGAAAGUUCUUACCUUAGACAAACCAUUUUUUAAGAGCCCGCUGGGAAGUGACUGCGCAAAAGAGUGAUUAUCAGUUCUUAAAACGCAGAGGGGAAGAAUCCCGUACCUUGUAAACGCGGCAGCCGUAAAGAAGAGGAUAAGUUUAAGCUUGUUUGGUGUUUCCAGGGGAGGCGAUGAUGAUCCAAGUUGAAGCAGCAGAAGAAGAAGUAUGAUAAGUUCACGGCAUCAAGGUCAACCGGAUGCAAUUAAAUCGGCUGCCAAACUCGAAGUCGUUGAUUGAUCGCCAUCGAUGAGAAGACAGCCGGACUCCACACAAGGCAUGAUGAAGAGAGAAAGAACGUUGUUCGUUCCCAGUUUUCCCUCCUUGUCUCAUCUGUAAGGUUACGUGAUCGCAAAGGUAUUAGUAGCCAGC